GCGCCGCCAUUCGCCUCUGGAACAGGGCGGGGAGCACAGUCGCCGAAUCGACACUAUAACAUCUACGCGUAUUUUUAUCGAAACGCUCGUCUUCGUGACUCGGACGCGAGUGUUAUUGCGAAAUUAUUGUGUGUUUCUGUGUUAUUGUGUGCUGUUUGUGUUAUAAUAUGUGCGUAAUAGUGAUUUAGUGGUGAAUAACGCAAGACUUUAGGGUAACAAUGUCUAGCAGUUGACAUGUUUAUCUGUGUCGUGUGUGAAGAUUUUCCCUUCGCGUGAGGAGGUGCGGUGCGCUAGUGUGCGCCUGGCCGCCGUGUGUGCGUGUCGCGACCGUACGCGAGGAUCCAAUGAUGGAUUGCAUUGCAUUUCCAUGGACGUAUAGAAUGUGAACAUCUACUUGUCAAUGAAGAAAGCUCAUAUGACUUCAGCAGACAAUGCGGUCACAAGCCUCAAAACCUUUAGCUAAGAAGGGAGCUUUGAAUAAAACAUCUUUUAAAACCAAACCGGUUAAAAAGCGAGCGAAAAAGAAAGUCGUAUCAACAAAAAAAGUCAAGGCUUUGCAGAAAUCGGUAAAAAAUCCGAAGAAAAAUAAAGAUGAAAAUGCAGAAGUCAAAACUAGUAGUGAGUCAAUACCCAAUGAUAAUCCUUCAACAUCAACCGAUACUUGUAAAGCUGGAACAUCAAAACCAAACAAUACUAAAGCUGAGGCUUUUGCAAAAAAAGCUAAAAAGGAUCCCAAAGAAAAGAAGGAUUUAAGUACGCCUAAAACCGUAACAAAAAAAAUCGUUGCAAAAAAAUCUACAAAUGUCGCAAAAAAAGCUAAACCGACCCCAAAAGUGAAAAAAGGUUCUAAGGAAAUUGGUGACAACCAAAGUAAAAAUGUUGCUGAUGAUAAUAAAAAGUCAGGGAAAUCUACGAAAUCGAAAGCUUCGCCAAAAAAAGGAAAUGUUUCGGGAACCAAAUCAAAAGACAGUUCGGAAAAGUUUCCCGAUACAAAUAUAAAAGAGGAAGAAAUAAAUGAUUCAAAAAACAAUGAAAAAAUUGAGAAAGAAAAGCUUGUAGAAGGUACAUCAAUGGCGGAAAAAGCAAUCUCAGAUGACACAAAACCACAGGAGGCAAAGUCAGAAUUAGAAAAAACAGGAAACGAUAGCAAAACUGAAGUUACUAGUCCAAAAUCAACUUCAAUUAUUCUAUCGCCUAAAACUCCUAAAUCAGAUGUAGAAAGACCUCCUAAAUUUUUUACAUCUACUAGAUCUCCAAGAACAGUAGAUAUAGAUAUCAAAUGCUGCAAAAAUUCAAAGGGAAAUUUAAGUGUUUCAGAAAGAUUUUUGUCAAUGAAAUGUGAAACUAAAGCAGAAGAAAAUAAAGAAAAAACAUCUUCAAAUACAUUAGUUGCUCAAGGGCCAGAAAUCGAUGUCUAUACUUUCACUGAAAAGGUGGAUUCUCCUAAAAGUAUUUUAUCUGAUUUUAGAAAUCCUAUCAAUAAAAAUGUUGGUAGAGUCCGACCGAUAGCCAGAGUAAAAGGUACAGUAAUAGAUAAGAAAAAUGAAACAGAAAAGAAAAAAUACUCUCCUCACAGACCAAUUGAAGAAGUAGUUAAACAACUAAAGGCUAGUAAAAAAUCUGAAGAAACCAGUACCAGUCCACAACAAUCAGCUACAUUUGAUUUAAGUGGCUUGAAUAAAAAGGAUGAGCCCAAACCAAUAGUAAGUAAAUCAUAUAAAAUGGUGGCAAGAAAAUCUAGUGUAACGGGUAAACCUUUUAGUCCUACAAAAUUUCUUGAACAAGAUUCGCCGAAAGCUGAUAAUGAGACUAUAGAAAAAGCUACUGCCACAAAGAAAUCAGCUAAAUGCAAAAAGCCAACUAAAAAAAAUAUCAUGUCGGAUGAAGAAAUCGAUUCCUCAAAAUUUGCAUUAAGUACAAAAAUAAAACAUUAUAGCUCCUCAGAAGAAAGUGUAAGUGAAUCAAAUGAUGAUCAUGACUCGAAAGAAUCAUCAGGAUCUGAAUCACCAAAAAAUAAGAAAGCGAAAAAUAAAAAAUACAAAAGGAUAACCGACACUUCAAAAAAGAAUACAUCAAAGGAAUUGAAAGAACUUUCUAAGGAUUCUUUGAUUGAUUUAAAAGAUACAUCUGCAUUACUAGGUAAUGAAAAACCAAGUAAACGGCGACUAAAAUUAUUAUCAAUGUGGAGUGGACCGAAAAAACACAGAAUGGCUUCAUUGAAUGCUUUAGCAAAAGUACAUUGUUUAUACGAGAACGAAAGUAGAAGUCAUGUUGAGUUAGGAUUGAUGAAAACCGUUGAGCGGCAACCGAUUCCUGGGACUUCAAAAGUUGCAACUAUGAAGAAAAAAGAGCCCAAAAUAAAAGAGUCAGAGAAAGAAAGUACGUCAGAGUCUGAAUACGAGACGAAGAAGGAAAAAGAAAAAGAAAGUUCGGAUAGUUCAGACGAUAAUCCUCCCCAAAGAACGUUAAGAGGUGUACCAGGUAUUAGAAGUGCGGGAAAAUAUUGGGAUCCUAAAUCAUCUACUUCAUCAAGUGAAGAUAGUGAACUCGAAUCAAAAGCUAAAGUUAAUGUUGAAAGAAAGAAAACUAUUACAAAAACUGCAACGGCAAUAAAAUCUGACUCUGAGAAACCGUCGCCAAAAAUGAAAAAAACUGCUGGGGUUCCAGUUAAGAAAAAAAGAAAUAGAAACGAAGUUGUAAUGGAUUUAAAAGAUAUGGUGGUACAAAAGCGCAUGGCUAGUUUAAACGCAACAGCUAUAUUAGCAGCGAGCUAUGAGAAACGUUCGCCGAAAUCCAGCAAAGAUGAAAGCACUUCUGACUCUUGCAGCGAUGAAUCUUUUUCUCAGAAGCCAAAAAACGUCAAAGAUUCCGGCGUGAAGUCGGAAGUAAAAAACGAAGAUACUAAAAAAGACAUUGAAGAACCGCUCCCAGACCGAAAACAAAAAGUAGAGGUGAUUGUUAAUCAAGAUACCGACGUAACCAUAACUGGGGUCUAUUCAACGCACCAUCAUGAGGGGUUUUGUACGGUUUCGGGAAUGCAGUACCGUAUUUCUUCAACAAGUCACACUCAGACGACGGCCACUGCUAAUUGUGAGAAAGAAGGAUGCUCACGAGAUGAUGGCGCCCGAUACACGCCGUUAUCAGCGCUGUCGUCGAUGCAGCCUCCCGCUGAACAUACCCAUCCACAUCCACACCCAGUGCCGGAGUUGGGGGGUCUAACACGCAGGCCAGGGUGCUCCAGUGCUUUCUCCGCGCCUUCGCCAGCUGCUCAUCAUGACCCAGGUAAGCCGACCGCAACGUGCACUUUAUGUGAUCCCAUGCCUCGUGUACCUUACGGAUACUAUCAACCCGCGGGGCCUCUGAUUAAAGAGAGCAGUGCUGACGCAGAACGAGCGCUCACGAGGUACCACCCAGCACCACACUACCACACACCACACCCACCUGUACUGCAACAGUAUGGGCCGUACUAUCCCACAGAUCUCUGCUACGGGCGGUAUUAUAGGCCCCCGGGGCCCUACCACAUGGCCGCCCCACAACCUGAUGCCCCGAUGGUCGGCGUUGGGAAUGAGCCAUACCCGCCACCGCAGUACUAUGGGACCCCACCAUGCUACCAACAUUCACCACAAAGAAUACCAUAUGUCGAGUAUCGAGGAUGCCCGUGCCCAUUGAACGCGUGUCCAAAAAACGUCCUUAUUGGGCCCGCUACUGGUAAGGCCCCGACCGGUGGCGGCCCCGUGGACGUUACCUCCGCACUCGAGCCGCCCGGGGGCGCCUUCCGACCGAAGGUGCGGGCGUGCGCGCUGGACUCCGCUGCGGAUACGCACGGCAGCGGGAAGGAUCCACCACUAGAACUGGAACCACCAGAACCACCCACAGCAGCCGAUGCGCCCCACCCAUGUCCUUUACCGGCCAUGGGUGGGGCUUCUCCCAAAAGGGAGUUAUUCGACGCCCGUGACACUUUACGAUUAGCCGCUGAUCUCCCUGGAUCCGCUGAAGCUGUCGGCCCUCCCUCUCCAGCCAGGGGCUCAGCUGGCGCCUGUGCACCACAACCUCCACCCGUUGCUCCAAGGCGAGCUCGACUCGGAAAAGCGAUGGCCCGACGGUCUCUGGCUGGUGAUGACACCGCACUGCUAUUAACACAACAACCUCCCCAAAACAAUGAAGCCGACGAUGACGUUCUAGCCAUAUCGCCACCUAUCUGCGUCCCUAUUGAUUUGUCAUCAUCAGACGAGAGGUCUACCCCUUUAGUUGAUGUAAAGAAAGAAAAUGAAGGUCCUACGUACGCCUCUUCUAGAAAAACAGACACACAAGCUCUUAAAGAACAUAAUUGUACAACAGCAUUAACAGAGAUCACAAUGGAUACAGAUGCUGCAAAACCAGUUAAAAGGAGACAUUCAAGACCCAAACUUGAAAUUGAAAUGAAAGACGUGCAACUUGAAGACGUUUGUAAAACAAAUGGAAUUGGCGAACACGUUAAGUUACAAAAGCGCAGAAAGGUCUCUGGAGAACUUACUGAUAUGCCACGAAUUGAGAUCAAAGAAACCAAAAAAAGGAAAAAGCAAAAUAAGAAGUCCCCCAAAAUAAUCUCUGAGAAGAAAGCCACUAAGCGAAAAUCUGAUUUAAUUAACAGUGAACCAAAAGCUAAGAAAAUGCUAAUAGAAGGGUCCUUAAAUAAAGACACUCGAGUGCCAAAUAUUAUGGCACUACAUGAUUUAUCGCAAGAAGAUUUAUCUUCGAAACCAAAAACUAAAAGUGCAGAAGUAUUGGAUAACCUAAUAAAGAAAAAUAGCGUUGAACGAACAGAUAUUAAAGGAUAUGCACCGGAUGGUGAAAUAAAUCCUGCUGCUUUAUUUUUGGUAACAAAUGAAAAUACUUCACAAAAUUGUACGAAGAAAACACUAAACAUCAAUAAUAACGUCGUGGAUAGCAAUAAUUCAAUAAAUGGUGUAACACCUGAAACUAUUGCAGCUGUAAGUCAACUUAUAGAGAAAAAACUAGCCAACAAAAAUGCAUAUAAAGUAGAAAAAGUAAACUCAAAAAUUACACAUAAUAUAAAAUCAGUAUUAAACAGUACUACCCCUAACGAAUCCGUACUUAGUUUUAAGGAAGAAAAGAAAAGCGCAGUGCUCGCAGGCAUUGAAAAGUGUACUGAGAAAAGUGAUAUUGAUAGUGAAAAAUAUAAUAUAAAUCCAGUUAGUGUAAUUAAAAAUAAUUGUGAACUCCCAAAAGUGAAGAGUGAAAGUGUAACAAUAAAUAAUAUUAAAUCUGAAAACUGUCCUAAAACCUUAAAAGCAUUAAAAUCGCAAAAGGCCAAAAUUGGUACUAAAUCCGAUAGUGAGGUGAUAAAAAAUAUUUGCGAUAGCAGCUGUGAAUCUCAAAAUAUAAAAACGGAAAACAAUGAAGCUAAUAACGGUGAAAAAAUGUCAAACGAGAACCAAGUUUCAGAUUUUAAUAUAUUGGACAAAGUUGUAACGAAUGGAUUACAACAAAGCAAAUUGUCAAUUGACACAGCAAACGGUGAUCUCAAACGAAAAACGGUGGAGAAGGUCGUGAAACUCUUGGUAUCAAAACGCCAAGCCAAGAACGACGAGAUUGUAGCUGAGAAAGAUAUAGAUAAGAUUGAUGACAAUUUGCAGCUAGAGAAGUCGAAACGGUGCAAAUUAACGGAGAAGACGAAUGAGUUGAAAGGGAAGAAUGUUGAGAAAGUUGCCAAGUUACUAGUGUCAAAAAAGACUGUGAUUAAAACUGAUGAGGCUGCGUUGGUGAUAGAGGAUGCUUGCUCGUCGCCAGUGCCGGGGUUGAAGCGGAGGGCGAGGCGAAGGCGGAGCGGCGCGCGGCGCAUGCGCAGAGUGGCCGCGCCGCUCGCCCCGCCCGACCUGAAGCCAAGACCGCCUCCGCGGUGGAGCAAUGGAUGGAACUGGGACGGAGAUUACUACCUUUCCAAAGUCUACCUCAAUAACGACUCGCGGCUAGACCGCACGGCGCGCUGCUGGUCGCGCAUGACGCACGCGAGCGGCGACCGCGUAGCGCGCGGCGACUGCGUGCUGCUGCGCGCCUCGCAAGCGCGCGCGCAGCCCUUCGUCGCGAGGGUCGCCAGCCUGUGGGAGAACCCAGAUGACGGCGAGAUGAUGGUGUCGCUAGUGUGGUACUAUCGGCCGGAGCACACGGAACGCGGGCGGCAGGCGGGCGACGCGCCCGACGAGGUGUACGCGUCGCGGCACAAGGACGCCAACUCUGUCGCCUGCAUCGAGGACAAGUGCUAUGUGCUCACCUUCAACGAGUACUGCCGGUAUAGAAAACGGCUAAAAGCAAUAGAAGAGGGGAUAACGAUCGCGCCAUCUAUAGUGCCCCCGCUACCGGCCAGCGAAGUGACACCCGCCGUGGCGCCGAACGACACCAAGCUGCCUCCCUCCGUCUCACCAGACCUAGUGCUCUUCUGCAGAAAAAUCUACGACUUUCGGUCGAAAAAAAUACACGUACCGAAUAAAUGAAAUGAUCUAACAACCUUCUGGACUCUCAUUUAAAGACAAAAACCAAAGCUAACCGUCAACUUUAGUGUUUGGUCGAAGUUCCUCGACGCCGGACCGUUCUGUAUGGAACUCGUAGUGUCAUUGUGUCAGUACAAACUUUACUGAUUAGUAGCGUGUGUUAUCUGUGACCGUUUCUAUUUUCGAACAAUUGUGUGGUUACGUUCCGUUGCUUUUAAUGUCGUAGAACGUUUCUUGUAAUUAAAUUGAUUUGCUAAUUUGUGUUAUUGUUCGAUAAUAAUGAUGAUAAAAGAUGCCUUUUUAUAAAAAAAUAAGUAGAUGUAAGUAAACCAUGAGCAUAAUUAUUGUGUAUAGAUUCUUUGGCUUAUAAAUGACUGUGCCCAAUUUCUUACUUCCGUAGAUAUGAGUAUGUGAUAGAUAUUAUCGUGGUUUGUGUGGACUCUUCUUUAUAAUAAUUUUAGUACUACAGUGAAGCAUUUAAUAUAUGUUUUAAUUUGUCUAUUCUAUCAGACUUCUCGUUUCAUAAGUUUAUUUCAGAUAAAUUGCGAUAUAGUUAGGAUUCUAUACAUUUUACGUGUACUUAUAUUCAAUGAACAGUAGAGAUGAUGUUUUUGGAAUCAAUUUUGGAUGUUCGCACAAAAUAUACCUAAAUCGUAAUGUAUGUAUUUUAAAUAUAUAUUCAAAUAGAUGGCAAAUUUUACAUUUAUACGCGAAAUCCUUUAGUGAUGGACCCUACAAUACCUCAGCUUUAUUCCAUUAUGAUCAGUUAGAUAAAUUUGCUUCAAUUAAAAUCUGUAUGUCAAACGUAGCGCUUAGAUGUAAGGAAUAAAAUAAAAACCAGUAAGUUAAACAUCACAAUUUUAAACGAUUCUGAGGUAAAAGUUUUUUUUUUGUUUUAAUACCUUGUAUUAAUUAUUAAUGC